CUCCAAAACGUGUUAAUCAAAAUGGAAAAGCUUGCUAAACAUGUUUUGAUUUGCGGUUUAUUAACCUCACUUGUUUGGCUUUCGUACCCAGUAAUGGCUCAAGAAGUUGAGGACGAGAGCGAGUUCAAUUAUGAUGUACACAGUGAAAGAGGACCAUUUCAUUGGGGUGAGAUUAGACCCGAAUGGAGAAUGUGCAACAAUGGAUCAAUGCAAUCGCCAAUUGAUUUGUUGAAUGAGAGGGUUCAAAUAGUAUCCCAUUUGGGAAUGCUUCAAAUUAACUACCAGCCCUCCAAUGCAACUAUUAAGAAUAGGGGCCAUGAUAUCAAGAUGGAAUGGCUUGCGAACACAAGCUAUCUACAAAUUAAUGGUACUCAGUAUGUACUUAAGCAGUUCCAUUGGCAUUCCCCCUCUGAACACACCAUAGAUGGCAAAAGGUUGGAUUUAGAGUUACACAUGGUGCAUGAAACUCCAUCAGGAAAAACUGCUGUGAUUGGAAUAUUGUACAAGGCUGGAAAACCAGAUCCUUUAUUGUCAUUGUUAACGAAUCACUUAGAGGCCAUUUCUAAUAGCACGGGAGAAGAAACAGAAGUGGGUGUAAUGGAUCCUAGCCUGGUUAAAAUAGGAACAAACAGAACACUGUAUUACAGAUAUAUUGGUUCCCUCACUACUCCUCCAUGCACCGAGAAUAUUACUUGGACCAUCCUUAGAGAGGUGAGAUCCGUUUCAAGGGAGCAAAUCAAAUUGCUUCGAGAUGCUGUUCAUGAUGACUCAGAGGCUAAUGCAAGACCAUUGCAACCAAUAAACAACCGGUUAGUGCAGCUCAAUAAACCGAAAGAGGAUCAACGUUAAAGUAAAGUUACUCCAAGGCAUUUGCGAGGGCAAAUAUGAGCAGAAGAUGAUUAGGAA